UCCGGGCUGCUCCAACUGUCAUAGGUCCGGGCUGUAACGCCUGGCGUAAGUGUCCGACUACAACUUCUGGUAGCCUAUGGAACCAGACACGAUGGAGCAACAACCGACCACGGGCGAAGUAGGAGAGGAGUACAGAACAUCGCCCGAUCGAGCACUGAGGGAUCUGAAGGAACGAAUUAGGCAAGAAGCACCGCUGAGAUGGGCUGACCAAACCAUUGACGGAGGGUCCGACGUAAGAGGCGAACCAGUUGCGACAGAGCCGCAGGAGGCUCUAAGGACGGGUUCCUCGAGCGGACGACGAGAAACGACGAGACGACGCUCCCCCGAGUACGAGCGGAGGGACACCAUAGCGGAYAGGCACAGAGACGACUGGAGAGAGAGUUUGAGGGAUUCCUAUUGGAGGGACAGAGAUAGAGACAGGGCGCCGCCCAGGCGAGUCUUCGACCCCCAGACAGGGGAGUCACAUCCACUCCCUUACGAGAGCAAGGAUCGCUAUAUUAUUACGCACAAGGCCUCAGAGCCUCCUACCUUCAGGGGUUAUGGUAUCACAGAAUAUCUGGAGAAGUGGGAGCUUCACGCCAGCCGGAGUCAGUGGUCGGAGGAAGAGAUUAUAAAGAACUUCCUAUUUAAUGUGGACCCAAGUCUUGGAAGGGAAGUUAAGGAAGCUCGACCGAAGGAUGAGAAAUGGACAACGUACAAGGAGAACCUCGUUGAGAUUUACAAAUUGGAGGAUAACAAGUAUUACAUCAAGGACCUUGAAACAAUGACUCAAGAUGAAGAUGAGAGCGUACGGGCAUUUGGGAUGCGUUUYCARAAGAUCUCYGACGUGCUGAUGAAGAAGGGGAAGAUCUCAGAGGUCGAGCGCUGUACUAUCUUCAUCGGACACUUGUCCAAAGGUAGGCAAAAGAGUAUACUUAGAGAUCUUCCGCGCGAAAGGCUUGAUUUCCUUGAAGUCCUAAAGCUCGCGAUAAAGGCAGAGGCAGACGAUUACAAGAACUUGGUGUGGAGAGGGAUGAGGAGACAUGACUUCUCUCUCUACAAGGAGUAUGCCACUGAUAGAUGUCCUGAUUUCAAGGAUUAUCCCUGGUCGGAGAAGAAUGAGGUCGUGGCUGAGGAAGUGAAGGAGAUACGGGACAYKGUGAAGGGAUUAACGAGACAGGUUACAGAGAUUGUGACCGCCACAGGGGCCACGGYCUACCGGGACAAACCUGGAGGGYCCUAUUCACUUCGCUGGGACCGUAGGAACARCGAUCCCUGRASGRGUGUCGAGGAURGAAAUCCUCGSACGCUGACUGAUUAUCGUACGAGGGGAAGAGAGAGAGACGAUGAAUCAUGGCGACGUAGGGACGAUGAGAUAGACCGAGACCGUAGAGAACGCGAGCUGUUUGUGCGAGCAAGGAGGCUAGAUGAUUACCCGCGAAGCCCUCGCUAUGAGACAGAUCGGGGUAGAGGCGACUCCCGCGGUCGAUGGGAGACAGAACGGGGCCGACGAAAUGGAUAUAGGGACGACGGAUACGAGGGAUCGGACCGAGAUGGAUAUAGGGACGAUAGAUACGAGAGGUCGGGUCGAGAUGGCUACAGAGGAAGUAAAUAUGAGAGAGGAGAUCGGGACUGGGAACGGCAAGAUGGGUCGCGCGGACGGUUUGAGUGUGGGGGAGAUGCGAGAGAGCAACGCGACGAGUCGCGGGGAUGGUACAACCGAGGGGACCGACGCGAUGAGAGUUCGAUCUCUAGAGGCGCAGACGACAGACCAUCUACUCCCAGGAACUCAUGCGUCUACUGUAGAGGAGAAGAUCAUAUCAAGAGGGAUUGCCCGGACCUCAAACGGGCAAUAGAUGAGGGACUUGUCGUGCUUGACGACCGCAAGUACGUCAAGUGGGCAGAUGGUCUGCGAGAUGUAUCGAUGUUUCCUUCGAUGAAGGAGAAUGUUGAAGCAAGGAGAGUAAAGCCGAGUAAAGAAAAGGAGCCGGUCAGGAGCCAGAGCAUCAAGAUAACCUUUGAGGGGGAUAUGGCGACCACACCCAUAAGGGUGRCAGCCACCAAGUCGGCGAGAGGGUCUACAUCGAAGAAGACUGACACGGAUUACGUGAUGGCGGAGAAGGACGGGCAGCGGGUCGAUGGAGAGGAGGUUAUCCUUUCGCCGCAAAAGCGGGGAGUGAAGAAGUUCUUAAUGAAGAGUUCGCUGGACGAGAUUGACACGGUCGAGCCACUGAGGCGGGCCCUUCGGCAACCCAAGCAGUGCUCUAUUCUGGAGUACCUGGCGGCAUCGAAGUCGGCUCGUGACGAGUUACAGAUGAUCACGCGGAAGACUCGCAUACCUCUAUCGGAGGAGGGUCAGGGGGGCCCUAAGGCGGAAGCUUCUACAGUAGCAGUAACGGGGGUGACUGCCAGAGCGGAUCGCAUGGCGACAGCCCUUCUCGAUGGAAUGGAAGUUGUGCCUCCAGACAAGUUUUAUAUACUUGGUAGCGGGGCCGUGGAGACGAUUUUAAACGAUGGAGCGGUACUCGAUGCUGUGAUUGAUAACGGCAGUGAGGCUGUCAUCAUAGACGAGGACCUGGCAGUACAGGUUGGAUUGGGCCUCGAUAGAUCAUACCUAUUCGAGAUAGAGACAGCUGAUGGGAGAAAGCAACAGAUCACUGGGGUUUGUCACAAAGCAGCCAUAGAGGUCCAAGGGGUACGAGUGACCCUGCCUGUCUUUGCAGUCAAGAACUGCAGCUCCGACCUGCUCUUGGGUCGAACGUGGCUUAGCCACGUGCAUGCGGUGACGAUAGAGUGACCUGCUGGGAGCCAAACAUUGUCCAUUAAGAAGCCAGACGGGACGCGGGUAAUGAUUGAGACGGUGGAGCCUYGGGACCCGA